AUGAAGCGUCGUUGUUUUCCUCUGAGAGGAGACCACAGCCUGCUGACCCCUGACACACACACACUGUGAGUGCGGUCAGGGGGUGUAGCCUCUCUCUCAGGAGGCUCAUCCAGCAGCAAACCCAACACCGCGUCGGCCAGGCAGCGGCCAGCAGCAUCUCCGACUCGUCGUCUGCGGUUUGAGGAUGAGACGGAAAAGGAGGCGGAAUCUCGUUACCUGGAGCGACAGCGGCAGAAGAGACAGACGGGGAACUGCGGAGUUGGUGUGGUGAUGUCCAAACCAGACUUGAACCUGUACAUCAAUGGCACGGCGGAGGCAGGGCACGCGGUUGGCAAGCAGCCAAGGGGGCGAACAGUGGUGAGCAGAGCAGGUCAGAAUCACACCUGUGAGAGAGGAAUAAGAUGCGGAGUCAAUCUCUGGCAACACUCACCUGGAACUGACAAGAGGGGGAGCCUAAACAGACAGCACCUUAACCUGCGGACUGAACCAAUCAGAGAGACCUACAUCGGCUCUGUCACCAGUGUGGAAAAGGAUGGGGCUUACACACAGGUGAGACGGCAAUCAGUGGAGCUAACUGGAGCCCAGGUGACUUUUCAUCAAGCCAUGCCCUACGCUGGCCUGCCAAUCAACCCCUAUGCCCCUCACUCAAUGGGGCUGUGUACCACCCGCCCGCCCAAACUGCACAGAGAGCAUCAAUUGGGGCCUGAGCCUAGGGAGAGGAGAGGGCGUGAGGUGGAGGAAGAUCUGAACAACAUGAUGAAGAAUUCCUCAUCCUCCUCAGAGAGGAGCGCAGACACAACAGCUGAGAGUCAUCCCCCGCCCACCCCAGAGCCAAUGAGAGCAGAGCUCCACCAACUUGACGUUUCACUUCCUGCACAUUUAAGCAGCAGAGAAGAUUCCUCCCGUCUUUCUCUGCGACGUUUUUUCUCCACCGUCACACUGAGCAGGACUCGAACCAGCAGCCUCGACCGCCUCUGCUCACGGACCCAUGAGCGAACCCACCCCUCCCUCGCUGACUCCACCUCCUCAAUUUCCAGGAACUCCUCCAGCCUGGUGAAGAAAACUUUAUCUGUUGAGUCGCUCAGUGUGCAGGAAGUACCACUUUUCCAGUCAAGAAAGUCAUCUUUGGAGCUGAAGAAGAAGAAAGAUCGUUCUGCGAACUAUAAACCGGCUGCUGAACAGUCCUUACCUGGUAGUCUUGGCGUCAAAGACAUCAGUUGUCCCUCUUCAGUUUGCUCUGUUGGGCGGAUUCUUCAGAUUUGCCCUGAUGGGACAUUUUUAUUGGAGCUUAAGCGACCAGUGGGUCAAACGUUUGGCUUCAUCAUCAGCAGAGGAAGAGGACGACGUGACACUGGUGUGUAUAUAGAAGACAUGAACAGCAGCACUGGGAAGCUGUAUGCUGGCCUGCUGGCUAUUGGAGAUGAGAUCCUGGAAGUCAACGAGGAGAAAGUGGCCUGCCUCAGUCUGGACCAGGUGACAAACCUCCUGAUCGAGAACCAGUCUGUCACCAUUCGGGUCCUUCGACACCAGAGGACACGUUCAGAGUGA